AUUAUGAGAAAUAUUUCAUCCAUGAUAAUAUGUAUCUGAUUUUUUUUGUUUUCCAUUUGACAUAUAAUUAAAUUAACAUCUUUUUGCCGAAUAUCACCUUGUGCUUUUUUAAUUAUCAAAGCUUUGUUUUACAAAAAUGGAUGAAGAUGAAGUUGAACGAUUUGAAAUAACAGAUUAUGAUCUAGAAAAUGAAUUUUAUCCUAGAAGUAGAAGACGUCCUACAAAAAAUCAACAGAUAUAUGGAAUUUGGGCAGCGGAUGAUAGUGAAGAUGAUGAACCCAAAUCUGGGAGGAAACGGCCAAAAGAUUAUAGUGCACCAGUCAACUUUAUUGCUGGUGGCAUUCAACAAUCUGGAAAAAAAGAAAAAGUCGAAGAUGAGGAAAAGGAAGAAGAACCAGAAGUUAUAAAUUCAUCGAGUGAGUCAGAUGAGGAACCGAGGGCAAGUUUUAAAAGUAAUGAGACAGCUGGAAUGCGUAGUGUACAGAAAGGAUUUGUUCAACAAGGAGUUGGCAGUUGGGAGAAGCAUACUAAAGGUAUUGGUGCUAAGUUGUUAUUACAGAUGGGAUAUCAACCCGGUAAAGGACUUGGAAAAACAUUGCAAGGUAUUUCUGCGCCAGUUCAAGCACAUGUGAGAAAAGGCAGAGGAGCCAUUGGAGCAUACGGUCCUGAAAAGGCACCUAAAGUAGCCGAUAAAAAAUCAGGACAAGCUACUGAAGAUGGUAGUAAGAAAGAGUCAUCGAGUUAUAAAGAGAGGUUAAACAAAUGGCGAAGAAAGGAUGGAGAUAAAUCACCGAAAAAUAAAACCAGAUAUUUUUAUAACAACUUUAGUGAAAUGAAAACGGAAUCAUUGUUGAUAAAUAAGCAACCCAAGAUAGAUUCUUUAAAAAAGGAAUUUGAAACUACAAAAAUAAUUGAUAUGACAGGACCUACAAAAAGGGUUUUAUCUGGAUACCAUGCUCUAAAACAUACAAAAACUAAUGAUGAUAAUUUAUAUGAUGAAAAACAAUAUGCAGUGAGAAAUAAUUUCUCACUACCGGAAUUAAUGCAUAAUUUAAAUCUUAUUGUCGAAAUGUAUGAACAGAAUAUUAUUGCGAAUGAUAAGAUUGUGAUGGACUCUUCUGAUAAAUUAGUUACUAUGGAACAUGCUCAUAAAGCUUUGCAGGAUGUAGUUUCAAUAGAACAAACUUAUAUAAGUUCAUUAGAAAAAGUAUUUGAAAUAGUACAAAAUCUUAAGAGAGAAGAUAUAGGAAUGAAUGAACUGGCAGAACAAUUAGUAAUACUUCAGAGUAAUCAUGCAACGGAGUAUGAAGAAUAUCAACUUUGGGACCUUGCUCAUCUAGUUGUAGCUCCCAAACUAAAAACAUUUAUGAAUGGAUGGAAUCCUUUGCAUUUUCCAAAGCAGCAUAUACAGCUUAUCGAACAAUGGAAAGAUAUAUUAUAUGAUGGAAAGAAACAAAGUGGAAUAGAAUCAUUUGGAAAAUUGGUUUGGUUUAGUGUUUGCCCCCAUUUACAAUCAGCUUUAGAACAAUGGAAUCCGAAACAACCUAAUGAUGCUAUCCAGUUUUUGGCAAUUUGGGAUCCUCUAUUUACAAAUUGGGUUCGUAAUAAUAUUUAUGACCAAUUAUUGUUACCAAAGAUUACAGAGGAAGUUAUUAAAUGGGACCCUACAACUGACAUAGUACCAAUUCAUAUUUGGGUUCACCCCUGGGCACCAAUUUUAGGUAAAAGAUUGGAAGUCAUGGUUUACCCAAAUAUUCGUGAUAAGUUGGGCUAUGCCCUGGGCUCUUGGCAUCCUUCAGAUCGAAGUGCUAGAGCAGUUCUCAUACCAUGGAAGGACGUUUUUGAUAUGGGCGAAUUUAUGGCGUUUUUACUUAAAUAUAUAGUACCUAAACUUCAAGCAACGUUGGCUGAGUUGGUAAUUACCAGAACUCAACAAAACUUAGAACUUUGGAAUCAAGUCUGGGAGUGGAAAGAUUUAUUAUCAGUACCAUUAAUGGCACAAUUGUUAGAGAAAUAUUUCUUCCCGAAAUGGCUUCAAAUGUUGACAAUGUGGUUAAAUGAAUCACCAGAUUAUCAUCAAGUAUCCAACUGGUACUCUUAUUGGAAAAGUUUACUUAAUGAGGAUAUGCUAACACAAAUUAAUAUAAAAGAAUAUUUUAGAAAAGCCUUAGAAAUGAUGCAUCGUGCUAUUGGAGGAGGUAUGCCUGAAACAACAUAUAAAGAACGCGCUCCGUCUCCAAAGACUUUACCAGCAUUUAGUGCAGAUAAGAUGGGUAUUGCUUCACUAGGUUUUCGAGAAAUUGUUGCUCAAAGAUGUUCGGAACAUGGUAUUUUAUUCAUGCCUAUGAUGGGAAGGAGAUACGAGGGAAAACAAUUAUAUAAAGUUGGGAACAUAUUUUGUUAUAUAGAUAGAAGUGUACUGAUGGUAUGUUUGGAUGGGGUUACGUAUAAACCCAUGGGUCUGGCAGAAAUGAUGGAACGCGCUGCCUAG